CACUACGGCAGUGCAAACAUUUUUAUCAAAAAGGAUGAUAAAACUCGAAUAGCUCAGACUUAUAGCCAGAAUGCCAAGAUUCAAGUUUCCAAGUGUUCCUUUACCUCCAAGUGUAUAUCGUGUCAAUAUCCGACCAGGAACAAGUUGUUCCCACCUCCAAAGACCCAACCAAGCUUCAACUACCUUACAACAGCAAAGAUGACCGCUCCACCCCGCAAAAUCAACCUCGUGCGAAUAGCACACAUAAACUAUACUUACCAAAAUCUUGAACGAGCCGAAGCCUUCUUCCGCGACUUUGGCUUCGUAGAGGCCUCUCGCGAGGGCACUCGCGUAUACUACCGGGGCUACGGGCCCGAACCCUUCGUCCUCUGCGCCGAAGCCGGUGCCAAAGACGGCUUCGGCGGCGCGGCCUUUGUCGUUGAGUCCGAGGAGGAUCUUGAGUAUGCGUCCAAGACGCUCCCCGGGGCUUCGGAGCCGUACGAGUUGAGCAAGGCUCCUGGUGGAGGCCGGUGCGUGACGUUCGAGGGCGGUGUUGAUAAGUUUCCCUUUCACCUUGUUUUCGGGCAGGUGAUUCGUGAGAAGGCGACGGUUUUUCCGGAGCGAGACUUCAAUUUUCCGACUGAGAAGCACAGAGAGGCGGGCACAUUUCAGCGGUUUGAUAAAGGUAAAUCGAGAUCUGAACGUGUUUUUGGUCAAUCCAACUUACAAGUCUAUUGGUCCGGCACCGGUGCACAAACUGGGACACUUUGGCGCGUGCGUGACGGAUUUUCAGCAAACGUACGACUUCUUCACGACUCGGUUCAACUUCAUCCCCAGCGACGUAAGUCAGACACACUCCCUGACUUGAUCCCCUCGUAUCAUUCUGGUGCCCGAGGAAAAGUAACUCACGAGAGAGUGCAGCUCGUGCACGACGAAACCGGACGCAACGUCACAGUCUUCCUACGACUCGACCGCGGCGAAGAACUCGUAGACCACCACUCCUUCUUCUUCUUUGAGGGCCCAAAGUUCCAUGUCCAUCACGCCUCCUUCGAGACCCACGACUCGGAUCUGCAGUUCCUCGGGCAUGACUGGCUUCGCGAGCGGGGGUAUGAGAAUUGCUGGGGCGUUGGGCGGCAUGUCAUGGGGAGUCAAAUCUUUGAUUAUUGGUUCGACCCUAGCAAGUUCAUCUUUGAGCACUACGUCGACGGCGAUCAAAUGGAUAGUUCUCAUCCGCCGAAUCAUUCCAAGGCGUCUCCUGAUAGCCUUCACAUCUGGGGGCCUGAUCUCCCGGAGGGAUUCUUACUUUGA